AUGAAACUUCUGAUGUUUAUUUAUCUUAUUGUUACAGGUGCUGUAUUUACACAAGAUCAAAAAGACAGUAGCACAGAACUGGCAUUCAAAUAUGCAGUGUAUCGCAUCAACAAAGACAAACAUUUGCUGCCGAAAACCACGCUCAAGUAUGACAUCAAAUACGUUCCAAAAGACGACAGCUUCCACGCAUCAAAGAAAGCUUGCCAGCAGGUGAGGUUCGGCGUCCAGGCGGUGUUCGGGCCGUCGGACCCGCUGCUGGGCGCACACAUCCACUCCAUCUGCGACGCGCUCGACAUCCCCCACCUGGAGGCGCGCCUCGACCUCGACACCGAGUACAAAGAGUUCUCCAUCAACCUCUACCCCUCGCAGUCGCUGCUCAACAAUGCUUUCCAGGACGUCAUGGCCUUCCUCAACUGGACGCGAGUCGCCAUCGUCUACGAAGAAGAUUACGGCCUGAUCAAGCUGCGGGAGCUGGUGCGAGCGCCCACCAACCGCGACGUCGAGAUCCACCUGCGCCAGGCCGACCCGGACACCUACCGCUCCGUGCUCAAGGAGAUCAAGAGCAAGGAGAUCCACAACCUGGUCGUCGACACCAAGCCCGAGCACAUGCACCACUUCCUCAGAGGCAUACUACAACUGCAGAUGAACGACUACAAAUACCAUUACCUCUUCACAACUUUUGAUAUCGAGACGUUUGACUUGGAAGAUUUUAAAUAUAAUUUCGUUAACAUGACAGCGUUCCGAAUAGUGGACGCUGAGGACGUCGGCGUCAAAGAGAUACUGAAGGACAUGGAACGCUUCCAGCCUGUAGGUCAUAGCAUUUUAAACAGGUCAAACAUUAUUCAGGCGGAGCCGGCGCUGAUGUACGACUCGGUGUACGUGUUCGCCAUCGGUCUGCAGACGCUGGACCAGAGCCACACCCUGCGGCUGUCCAACGUCUCCUGCGAGGAGGAGGUGCCGUGGGACGGCGGCCUCAGCCUCAUCAACUACAUCAACUCGGUGGAGCUGAAAGGGCUCAGCGGGCCGAUCGAGUUCAAAGAAGGGCGGCGCAUCCAGUUCAAGCUGGACCUGCUGAAACUGAAGCAGCACGCGCUCGUCAAGGUCGGCGAGUGGAGCCCCGGCUCCGGGGUCAACAUUACCGACCGCGCCGCCUUCUUCGACCCGGGCACCAUGAAUGUCACUCUGGUCGUCAUCACAAUACUGGAGAUCCCGUACGUGAUGAUGCACUACGGCAAGAACUACACGGGGAACGAUCGUUUCUACGGAUUCUGCGUGGACCUGUUGGAGCGCAUCGCUCGCGACGUGGGCUUCGACUACAUCCUGGACCUGGUGCCUGACCGCAAGUACGGCGCCCAGGAUCCCAUCACUGGCGAGUGGAACGGCAUGGUGCUGCACCUCAUGAAGCACGAGACCCCGUACGUGAUGCUGCGGCCGCAGCCCAACCUGACGGGGAACGCGCGCUACGAGGGCUUCUGCAUCGACCUGCUGCGAGAGAUCGCCGCCAUGGUCGGCUUCGAGUACCGCAUCGAGCUGGUGCCGGACGGCAAGUACGGCGUCUACGACCUGGAGACGGGCGAGUGGAACGGCAUCGUGCGCCAGCUCAUGGACAAGAAAGCAGAUCUGGCAGUUGGCUCGAUGACCAUCAACUACGCCAGGGAAAGCGUCAUAGACUUCACGAAGCCGUUCAUGAACCUUGGCAUCAGCAUCCUUUUCAAGGUCCCCACGAGCGCGCCGACGCGCCUCUUCUCGUUCAUGAACCCGCUGGCCGUCGAGAUCUGGCUGUACGUGCUGGCCGCCUACGUUCUCGUCUCCAUCACCAUGUUCGUGGUGGCCCGGUUCUCGCCCUACGAGUGGCACAACCCGCACCCCUGCGACACGGAGAACGACCUCAUCGAGAACCAGUUCUCGCUCGCCAACAGCUUCUGGUUCACCAUCGGCACCCUCAUGCAGCAGGGCUCCGAUCUCAACCCCAAGGCCACAUCGACGCGCAUCGUGGGCGGCAUCUGGUGGUUCUUCACGCUGAUCAUCAUCUCGUCGUACACGGCCAACCUGGCCGCCUUCCUCACCGUGGAGAGGAUGAUCACGCCUAUUGAGAACGCCGAGGACCUGGCGGGGCAGACGGACAUCUCCUACGGCACGCUGGACAGCGGUUCCACCAUGACGUUCUUCAGGGAUUCGAUGAUCGAAACGUACAAGAAAAUGUGGCGCUUCAUGGAGAACAAGAAGCCGUCGGUGUUCGUCUCGACGUACGAGGAAGGUAUCCAGCGUGUGCUGGAGGGGAACUACGCCUUCCUCAUGGAGUCCACUAUGCUGGACUACAUCGUACAGAGGGACUGCAACCUCACGCAGAUCGGCGGCCUCCUGGAUUCCAAGGGCUACGGCAUCGCCACGCCGAUGGGGUCUCCAUGGCGCGACAAAAUUUCGCUGGCCAUCUUGGAGCUACAGGAGAAGGGUGAGAUUCAGAUCCUGUACGACAAGUGGUGGAAGAACCCAGGAGACACGUGCACUCGCACCGAGAAGGGCAAGGAGUCCAAGGCGAACGCACUUGGUGUCGACAACAUAGGUGGCGUCUUCGUAGUUCUGCUGUGUGGUCUCGCCAUCGCUGUAAUCGUAGCGAUAUUCGAGUUCUGCUACAACUCCAAGAGAAACACGCAGUCAGAACUGCGCGCGACGCCGGCGCCGCACCAGUCGCUGUGCGCCGAAAUGGCGGAGGAGCUGUGCUUCGCGCUGCGCUGCCGCGGCUCGCGCCAGCGGCCGGCGCUCAAGCGCCAGUGCUCCAAGUGCGCCCCCGCCGCCUCGGGCGCGCCCUACGUCCCCGCCGUGCUCGACCUGCCGCCGGCCAACGGCCUGCGCUCGCACCCUCGUCUCGCUGGCCAUGGCGCGCGCCCACGAGCGCCUGAGGGCAGCCGCGACCAGCCCGCCGCGCCUCGACACCGCCAGGCUCUGACCCAGCUGCCGCCGACACCAGAGUGGGAGACGCCGCCGGGCGUCGGGGGUCCGCGCUGGGACACUGUGCGUCCGUCAACCAAAGUGUGGUGA